UCCAACAAACGGCAGAUCCUCUUUCUGUCUAAAGAAUCCAUAAACAACCGCAUUUAUCAGACCCAGGACUGUAUACGUCAUCAAGGACACUUUACCUAUCCAAGAAUAAAUGGACAUGGGACUAGAUACAUACGUAGAAUAAUUGUUUUUUUUGUAUUUAUUAGAGACUUCUUCGCUUUAGCAUCUCCGCAUCUCACUUUUGUCUGAAGAAUUUGCAUAAUGGAUUUACUGAAGCUGCUAUUCAUAGUUUGCUGUGGCGCGUUUAAUUCAUUACGCGCAAACGUCACUGCUGACAAUAUUGACAACUAUUCAACUCUAGAAGAUGAACUGGACAAUCAAGAAAACGUUUUAACACAGCUUUUAGGAGAUUAUGACAAAGUGAAGACUCUCUCUGAGGGCUCAGACUGUCGCUGUAAGUGUGUGGUGCGGCCUCUGAGCAGGAGCGCGUGCAAGCGCAUUGAAGAGGGCCAUGCCAAGACUGAGGACUUCUACACAGUGGAGACAGUCACAGGUGCCAACUGCAAAAAGUGUGCCUGCAUCGCCCCUCCCUCUGCCCUGAACCCCUGUGAGGGAGAUUUUAGGUUUAAGAAGCUGCAAGAUGCAGGAAAAGAUGAUGUCAAGCUCUCAACCAUAAUGGAUCUUCUGGAGGGAUCGUUCUAUGGAAUGGAUUUGUUAAAGCUUCACUCUGUCACAACGAAACUCCUGGAACGGGUGGAAAAUAUAGAGAAGUCGUCUUCUGGAAACCUAACAAAGGAGAAAUUGAGUGUGAAAGGUGAAAAGGUGCAGGGAAAGGUUCCUCGCUCCAGCCAGCGCCAGGAGAAGAAGAAACGUCUGAAUGCGCUGGAGCCCUCACUGCAGAAGAAUGCGGCAGCUGCUCACACUGAGAGGAAAUAUGAAGAGAAGUUUGUUGGGAGUCAGGGUCCCAGCAAGCCAGCGCUGAAGAAAACCAAGUCUGAGGUCAGGGAGGAACCUCGUAAACCUGUAAAGACCAUAGCAGGUCCCAACGGCAUGACCAUUAGAAGCAUGACCUUCUACAAGGCUAACACAAUGGAGGAUGCUGACGGGGAACAGCAGAUAGCCCAUGAGGUUCUGACAGGUGACGGCUCAGUAGAUUUAGUGAUUGAAGACGAGCUUAAUAAGCCAAAGUCACAUACACCUGAAACACGGCCUAGAACCACUUCAGCAGUGACACAACAGUCUUCCACAACUGACAUCAACAGCCAGCAUCCCCUACAGCCGGCUGUUUCUCUGAAUGGUAACUUCACUACUGCAUACACGACGAACGUUACAAAGGAAGCUGAAGGAGAGACUGAGAAAGCCAAUAAAGAAAGCACAACUACGGCAAACCGGCCAACCUCAAAGCCUUUAACUAUCACAAUACCACCAAGCAACUCUACAGCAACCAUAGCAACUCCUCUUGCAUUGCCAAAGCAGCUGGCCAGUGUUACAAUGGCCAAAAAAAGUUCAAAACCUCUUAGCUGGGGUGAAGCCACUACUGAAAUGAGCACACAAUCGCCAAAAACCUCCAAAGAACAAGGAGUGUGCAAGGACACACUAGCAAGCAUUACUGAUCCUGUUACACAUAACACUUAUGGAAAAAAUCAGGGUGCCUGGAUGAAAGACCCAAAAGGCAAUGGAAAAGUCAUUUAUGUUACAGACUACUACUACGGGAACAUGCUUCUGGAAUUCCGCGAUAUAGACACCUUUAAGCAAGGGCAGUUUAGCAACUCUUACAAACUCCCCUACAAUUGGAUUGGCACCGGCCACGUCGUCUACGGUGGCUCUUUCUACUACAACAGAGCAUUUUCUCGUGACAUCAUCAGAUACGAUCUCCGUCUCCGGUACGUAGCAGCGUGGACCACCCUUCAUGAUGCAGUGUUACAGGAGGAGGAUUCCCCGGGGCAAUGGAGAGGACAUUCAGACUUUGACUUUGGUGUGGAUGAGGGCGGCUUAUGGUUAGUGUAUCCGGCUCUGGACGAAGAAGGAUUUCAUCAGGAAGUGAUCAUCCUCAGUAAGCUACAUCCCUCGGAUCUGCAGAAAGAGAAGACGUGGAGAACCGGCCUGAGGAGGAACUAUUAUGGAAACUGUUUCGUCAUCUGUGGCGUUCUGUAUGCGGUUGACAGCUUCAAGCACACACAUGCCAACAUCUCCUACGCGUUUGAUACGCACACAUAUACCCAAAUGAUCCCCCGUCUGCCUUUUAUAAACAAUUACACCUACAACACACAAAUCGACUACAACCCAAAGGACCGUAUGCUUUACGCAUGGGACAAUGGCCAUCAGGUGACCUACAAUGUAAUAUUUGCUUAUUAAUAAUAAUGGAAACUAUACAUUUUAUUAGGAGACUGCUUGCAGUACCUUUUCUGUAUAAAAUAGGAAAAUGAUUGUGUCUAAGUGGGUUGUAGAUCGGUCUACAUGACAGUUUUUAAAGAUAUUUUAUAACAUCUCUAUUUUCGUUAGUCAUUGUUUUGCUUUUUGGUCUGCUGCUCAGGGACGGAUUAGGACUUCAAAGGGCCCCGGGGCCAGUUACCUCCAAGGGCCCCCCUCCCACAAUUUAUUCCAUUCUUUCCCUUAGCUGCGCAUUCACAGUUAUAGAAAGUGAAAGUUAAGAUGAUAAUGAAUAUUAAAAGCGUUCUCGCUCUGCAUCAGGCCUGCGCUACGCUAAAAAUAAUCUGUACAGGGUUUAAAGAAGUCUAAUAUUAGCUACACAGCAAAAAAUCAACAAUGGACCAAAUUAAGGCAUAUGAAAAACACUAAUUAACUGUCAAAUAUACACAUAUUUAAUGCAUCACAUAAAUAAAAAAUGAUUUCUCACCAUAAAAUGCCCCUUUGACACUUGAUCAAAUCAUCAAGCAAAAGAUUUUAAAAAUGCAAUUUAAAUGUACUGUAAUUUUAUUAAUAUGUUCAUUUUUAAAAGGUUAAAUUUAAUUGAAUUAGUUAAAGUAACAUAAAAGCAAAUGUUGCCAUGAUUUAUUGAUCAUUUCAUUUUUUACAGGGUAUCCCAUAGGCCUUGUAUAGGCUGGGACCCAUAUAUUAAACAUAGAUAAACAUUUGUUUUCAUUGUUGUUGGGUUCUCUGUACCAAACUGGAUGACGCAACCGUGAAGCCCAGGGCCCCCUCGGGCUCAUGCUAGUCAAAGGCUCCUGGCCACUGGCCCCAUUGGCCCGGUCAGUAUUCCAUUCCUGUGCAUGUGUUUUUUUCCUUUGUUUAUCAGUGGAUGUUUAAAGGGGUUGGAUCUUAAAAAGUAUUUUUAAAAUAUUCAUGACAAAGUUUUUUUUACUGCUUACUCGAAGUGUAUAUGUAUAUAAUGUAAUUUAAAAUAAACUGUAUAGC